AUGCGUUCAAAAAAUUUGGUUCUCCACACAGCAUGUUAUAAUUCUCUUAUUGAUGGCUUUUGCAAAGUAGGAAGAAUCUCAUUUGUUCAUGAUGCUCUUGAUGAGAUGCAUCGCAGUGGCUUGAGACUAGAUGUUUUGAGCUAUGCCAUUUUGAUUAAUGGUUAUUGUAAGGAUAAAAUAUUGGAUGAGGCCAUAUAUCUCUUUAAGAAAAUGCGUUUAGAAAAUUUGGGUCCCGGAACAGUAUGUUAUAACGCUCUUAUUGAUGGCUUGUGCAAAGUAGGAAGAAUCUCAUUUGUUCAUGAUCUUCUUGAUGAGAUGCAUCGCUGUGGCCAUCCUCCUAAUAUAAUCACUUGUAGUGUUUUGUUACAUGCAAUAUACAAAACACAGAAUCUUCAUCGAGCAAUUGCACUAUUUGAGCAUAUUAUGAGAGAAGAAAUUCGGCCUCCUAUCCGUACCUACAAUAUUCUUAUGGAUGGUUUGUGCUUAGGUGGAAGACUAUACAAGGCAAGAGAAAUUUUUCAGUCUUUUGAUGCAAGGUCGCCAUCUAAGCGUCGUUUUCCAUAA